UCUCAAAGUUCGUCAGGUGUGAUCAUAGACAGGAUCUCUGCUGCUGAUCUCGAACCGCCUCCCCGACAGACAACAGCGGACACCAUCUCAAAGUUCAUCUGCUGUGAUUCCGGGCUUUACAGAGGAUUUUCCUGUUACCAACGGCCGUGGAUCGUGAUAUGAACCUGAAAGUGUUGUGCCUGUCUCUCCUUCUUUUUAAAGCCUCCUGUUUCACUGAGUUUGAGAUUACUGUUCCCAGAGACACUGUCACUGGGUUUUACGGCGAGGCCCUGAUCCUCAGCUGCUCCUUCCCUGUGGACAGCUCAUGGGAUCUGAAAAGCACCGUUAUCACCUGGCAGCGUGGACUAGAUGUUGUACACAGAUUCUACUACAGUCAGGACCAGCUCGACCGUCAGAACAGACAUUUUGUCAACCGCACCAGUCUUUUCAUUCAGAUGGCAAGAGGAAACGCAUCACUCAGACUGGACAAAGUCACUGUUCAGGACGCCGGUGUGUACACCUGCUCCGUCAGCACAAACACUGGCAGCCAGAAGAAGAGCUUUGGAGUGAAAAUUGGAGCAUUCUACUCUGAACCUCGUCUGCAGUUCUCAGUGUUAACUGAUGGAGUGAAUCUUCUGGUGACUUCAGAUGGAGGUUACCCUUCUCCUACACUGCAGUGGCUGAUGGAGAACUCAGACAUCACUAACCAGACACAAACACGCCUCAUGCAGGACACACAGUCAGGACUUUACGUUGUGUCUAGUUGGAUAAAUCUCACGAAUGUGUCAAAUUCUUCUUUGACGUUCUUACUGCACAACACGCCCCUGAGACAAGACAUCAGGAGAGACAUCCAGCUCUACUCCGAUAAGAAUAACAGACAAGGACAGUCCACAUACAGAUGUCAUGGGUGCUUCCUAUUUAUCCCAGUUAUUCUUCUGCUGCUGCUGAUCGGGAUGAGUGUAUUGUUUGUGUUCAUUACAGGAAAAAGAAGAGAACAGACAAAACAAAAUGGCUUUACAGAAAUUAAAUCCAAUUUCUUAAUGGAAAAAGUUCGGGCUUUACAGAGGAUUUUCCUGUUACCAGCGGCCGUGGAUCGUGAUAUGAACCUGAAAGUGUUGUGCCUGUCUCUCCUUCUUUUUAAAGCUUCAUGUUUCACUGAGUUUGAGAUUACUGUUCCCAGAGACACUGUCACUGGGUUUUACGGCGAGGCCCUGAUCCUCAGCUGCUCCUUCCCUGUGGACAGCUCAUGGGAUCUGAAAAGCACCGUUAUCACCUGGCAGCGUGGACUGGAUGUUGUUCACAGCUUCUACUACAGUCAGGACCAGCUCGACCGUCAGAACAGACAUUUUGUCAACCGCACCAGUCUUUUCAUUCAGGAGAUGGCAAGAGGAAACGCAUCACUCAGACUGGACAAAGUCACUGUUCAGGACGCCGGUGUGUACACCUGCUCCGUCAGCACAAACACUGGCAGCCAGAAGAAGAGCUUUGGAGUGAAAAUUGGAGCAUUCUACUCUGAACCUCGUCUGCAGUUCUCAGUGUUAACUGAUGGAGUGAAUCUUCUGGUGACUUCAGAUGGAGGUUACCCUUCUCCUACACUGCAGUGGCUGAUGGAGAACUCAGACAUCACUAACCAGACACAAACACGCCUCAUGCAGGACACACAGUCAGGACUUUACGUUGUGUCUAGUUGGAUAAAUCUCACAAACGUGUCAAAUUCUUCUUUGACGUUCGUACUGCACAACACACCCCUGAGACAAGACAUCAGGAGAGACAUCCAGCUCUACUCCGAUAAGAAUAACAGACAAGGACAGUCCACAUACAGAUGUCAUGGGUGCUUCCUAUUUAUCCCAGUUAUUCUUCUCCUGCUGCUGAUCGGGAUGAGUGUAUUGUUUGUGUUCAUUACAGGAAAAAGAAGAGAACAGACAAAACAAAAUGGCUUUACAGAAAUUAAAUCCAAUUUCUUAAUGGAAAAAGUUUAAUAAGCCCAUAAUGCUUAUGUUACAAUUAGAUAGAUUUUUAUAUUGUUUACAAUUAAAUACACAGGAUUUAGGACAACUUUGAUGGAAGGUUUUGAUCCACUUCAAAUGUUGUUGACUAAUGCAUUUAUAUAUUUAUUUGAUGUUAUUUACUAACCUUGGCAGCUUUUAACAAAUAGUACAAAUUUUAUUAGUUACAUGCACUGAUCCUUUACAUUACUGUACGUAACAUUUCAAACAAUCAUUCUAGUGCCAUAUAAAACAGAAUUGUAUUGUCUCUCCCAUCUGAACUAACCAGAGGCCAGUUGCAUAUAUAAAGCCAUGUUAUGACUGUCUUAAAAUGUAUGUUGACAAACUACCAGUUAGCCAAAGGGUAACCAGUCUUGCAUUUCAAUGCAGAUUAGAGCAGUAUACAUUUUAGAAACUGAUUUUAAAAAGUUAUGACCAGUAUAAGAAAAGAAAAUGGCAUUAUUCACUUUUUAAGACAAGUCUAAACAAUUUAUGCACAUGGCCCCUGGACUUUUUUUUGGUGCUAGUCUUCAAAGGCCCAGAAUUUUGUCACUCACAACAUUAUGUGCAGCAUUAUUUUCUGCUGUGCAAUAUUCAAUAUUGAGAUCAUUUAUUUUACCUGAUGGCAGGGGGAGGUUGCAGUCAAUUAAAAACGUUUUAACUAUUUUAAUGUUUUAACUAUUUAUUGUCAAAAAUGGAAUUUACAAAAUCAACAUUUUUUGACGGUUUUAUUUUCUUGUGUGUGAAACCUUUUUGUACUGUGCUGUAUAGAUAUUUCAAUUUGUAUGGACUGUGUAAAACCACUAAUGAUAUUUGUGAUUUUAAUAUUCCACAUGUUCUAUUCAGAAUGGUCAUACUUGCAUCUGUGAUAGGUGGAUCUUAUUACAUUAAGAAAACACUGUAUAAAAAACAAUAAAGUCCAUACAUGCAAAGAA